UCGCAAGCGAAUUCGCUCCAUGAGUCAGCCCCUCUGCCACCUAAAAUGGCUCUCUAUACAAAGAAAACCUCGAAAAAAGUAGACUAUAUCUGCCUUGGGUAAAAUAUACAGCCUAUAUAACGUAAGAGCAGCUAUAUGUAUAUCUACGUAACAAACACACACACACACACACACGGAGCAGCGAACCCGCUACAGACAGCUAUAGCAUAUAGCCUCGUCGCGCGUCUCUCGAACGUCCGCGGGUCAUCAUAACAACGCACAGCGACUUCCUCGUGUAUAUAACGGGACUCCUCGACCCUCUUGCCUGAAAAAAACAAAACACCAUCGCGCGUCAGUCGCGAAUAAACCAGCAAGCCGGAGAGUUGUCUUCGACGCCGCGACAGCUGAUCGCGACGCUCAGCUGUUUCCACUUGCCGAACUGCGCGGCGCAGUGCAUCGCAUCAGAGCAGCAGCAACAGCUAGCCACAGAGAGGAGUCGCUGAGUGCAGUGCGGCGUCAAAUGCCGAGCUGACGGGGAGGAGUGUGUCUCUCGCUUUCUCUCGAGUCUGUGUUAACUUAACUGCCCCGAGGAUGACUCUACUCACAGCUGGAAAAGCGGCCGGCGAGAUGGGCGAGAGCAAGCAGAAAACCUCGUCCAAGCUGUUGUCGAGUCUGAGGAUCGUCUUCUUCGUUAUCGGCACGAUAGUCAUCGGCUUCGCGGCCUUCUGCAACUCGCUCACCUGGCACCUGCAGAAGUUCUGGGGAGCCUCGGGCGACUUCUGGCAGGCCCAGUGGGAGAAGAUCGUCUACAGGCUGGGGGAUGAUCCCGCGACCUACUGGGUGCAAGGCUCGAUGGCCCUGACCUUCCUGGUCUACUGGCUCUUCGGCGGCAUCUACACCUUCAUGGACCUGACUAACCGACCAGCGGCGCUGCGCCGCUACAAGACCCAGCCGGGCACGAACGAGCCCGUCUCCAAGCGCGCCCUGGCCUUCGUCAUCGGUCAGGUCCUCUUCAACCAGAUCGCCGUCGGCCUACCCCUGGCCCAGUUCGCCUACAAGCUCAUGCAGUGGCGAGGCUUCCCGCCGCUCCACCAGCUGCCAACCUUCCACUGCUUCCUCGCCGAGAUAGCCUUCCACAUCCUCUGCGAGGAGAUCGGCUUCUACUACUCGCACCGGCUGCUGCACCAGAAGAGCCUCUAUAAGCGGAUACACAAGCAGCACCACCAGUGGACGGCUCCGGUAGCCGUGACCGCGAUCUACUGUCAUCCCCUCGAGCACAUCGGCUCGAACCUGCUGCCGCCGUUCCUCGGCGUCUUCCUCCUCGGCUCGCACGUCGCCACCGCCUGGCUCUGGUUCUCCCUGGCCAUACUCUCGACGCUCAACGCGCACUCCGGCUAUCACAUGCCCUUCUUCCCGUCGCCCGAGGCCCACGACUUUCAUCAUCUCAAGUUUAAUCAAUGCUACGGGGUGCUGGGUGUUCUGGACCGCUUCCACGGCACCGACACGCAGUUCCGCAACUCCAGGGCGUACGAGCGUCACAUAAUGCUUUUGAGCCUGAAACCAGCUCGCGAAGCUUUCCCCGACGAGGUCGACAAGAAGAACGAGGAGAAGAGCUUCCCGGUUGCCCACGACGCGGCCAAACGACUAUGCAGGCACUGACGAAGUCUCUCCUCCUGUCUGCUCUCGCACUGAGCCGAUUACGGAGAGCACAAAUAUAAUAUAUACACUAUAUUAUUAUUCGUUCAAAUUGUUUUUUUUAUACGCUUUUAUGAUGGACAGAGCGUAUAUACAAACGAGAUGAUGGUUGUAAGACGAAUUUCGUGUGACUUCAAUUGGGUGCAAUAUGUUUUUUAUUGGUAAAUUAGUAGUGAAUAUGAAGUGUACUACUGCAUAGCAUAAAAGUGUUACAGGCUAAUUUUCAAAUUUAAGCAAUAUGAAUCGAGCGAUGAUUGUCUAUAAUCAUAAGAGAGGAAGGCCUUUUUGUAAAUAAGACGAGACGACGACUAUUUGCUUCUUACUUCUCAUUAUAUAAAUACUAUUAUUACAUACUAUGUAGACUACUGUGACACGGGUCGUAGCGUUUUUCAAAUCGUGAUGAGCAACCUUUUCUUAUACAAACAUUAUUCUACGAUAACAGAACGAUGACGCAUAUUAUGGUAUAAGCAACCGAUGGAACAAAGAAACAAAAAUAUAUGAAUGACACGAUUUUAUAUUUUUCUACUGAAAAUUUACAAGCGUUUUAAAAGUUUUUUUAAUAUAUAACGCAUUUUUAUUGGUUUUAUGUCUUCUAUAUACUUAUCGUAUAUAGAAGACAUGUAUUGUUUAUACUUGAGUUAUAGGGAAGUGUCCUUUGCAGACGAUACUGGGUCUCUAAAAAUUCCAUUUUUUAUAUUGAAAAAUUAUAUAUAUAUAUAUAUAUCCAAAUUAUACAACGGUUUUAUACUAAAAAAUUAUCUAUAUUAUAUCUAUAUUUAUAUACUACACAGAAGAGGAAAGUUUCAGAAAAGGAAAAGGAUGAUUUUCGUAUGUCAGCAAAGCCGUAAGUGUCGCUUUGUCAGCGUUAAUUUUUCAAGAAUGACAUUUGCUAAAAUGAAAAUUCUUUUCGCAUUGUGCAUCGUAAAAGGUGGGAAGUGAUCUUUUUUCAAUAAACAGUGAAUUUGCACACCGAUGUAAAUUGAAAAGAUUUAUGUGAUCUUUUUGGUCGGUUUAUAACUUUGGGAGGCUGAUGAAAUUGAAGUUGUAAAAUUAAACUCAAGCCGUUUUCUUUCCGAGACUCACAUGGUUUUCCUCAACUGUCUGCUCGACGCAAUAACUCGUAUCUUGUUGUACAAAAUCGGUGUUGACCGUAAUAAAAUGUCGUUUAGCACCAAAGCAACGUUGAUGCCUUGCUAUUAACGUUAACUACUUUAAAAAUGCACAGAUUUACAACUUUAAUCUUUUUCUGCAAGUUUUUUUUUCUAUACUGUAACGCAUUAUAUUAUAUAUGUAUCCUCGAAAUUUAAAUAAAUAAAUAAGAAUAUAUAAUACAUAAAUUAAUGCAAAAGCAUAAAGAAAAGUUAAAAGAGUAAAACUUGAAAAGAAACCUUUUUUUAUACUGAUAGCAUAUAUUAUAUGUAAAAUUGUAUUAAUAUAUAAAAGGAAUUGUUAUAAUAAAAUGAUUAACUUAUUGAUA